GAAAAAGGGUGAGGUGAGAAGCAGUAUUUAUUUAGUUUUUUUGAUGAAAAAUACAUUUUCUCUCUCCUCUUUUUGUUCCUAAUUUUCUCUCACCAAAAAAAAGUCCUCUUUCAUCAUACAAAAACCCUAAACAGGGGUUCUUGUAAUAAGAAGAAGAGGGGGAAGCAAGCAAGGCAAACCCUUUUGUUAAAUAGCCGCCGGAAUUGAUCUCAGCCGUUGAAUAACCCUUUUCUCCGAUUAUUUUCUCUCUCUAAAUUUCUCUCUCUUUCAUUUCUCAUUUUUGCAGUUUUUCUGGGGAAGGGUUUUUUUUUUUAUUCUGUGUGAUUUAAGUAUUCAAACAUGGCGUAUGCUGUUGCUUGAUCAUCGUCCGAUCAACCACUCCCAGAUAAUAUUUUCAUUUCCCCAGUUUUUUUUUAAUUAUUAUUAAUUGGGUUUAAACCUAAUUGGGAGAAGAAAAGAUUGAUGUUUGAUCACUGAUAAUAAUUUGAUAUUGAUAAUUUUGGGGUUUUAGGGAAUUAGGGUUUUUUAAAUAGAAAACUUGGUGCAGUUGUAAAUACUCUAUAAAAUUAGGGUGUUUAGGGUUUUUGAAAGUUUUCAGGUUUCAUAUGCAAUUAGGGUUUCUAGGGUUUGGUGUAAUUUUCAGGUUUUGAUAUUGUGUUGUUUAUUCUCGGUGUAAUAAUGUUAUCUGAAUUGGGAAGAAGGCCUAUGAUUGGUGGGAACAACGAGGGAUCAUUUGGGGAUGAAUUAGAGAAGGAUAUAGGGAUGUUGCUCCGUGAGCAGAGGCGGCAGCAAGACCCUGUCGAUGAUCGCGAACGCGAGCUCAAUAUUUACCGGAGUGGUUCAGCCCCUCCAACUGUGGAGGGUUCAUUGAGUGCGGUAGGGGGGCUUUUUGGGAAUACUGAUGCCUUUUCUGAAUUUGCCCUUAAUAAGAAUGGCAAUGGGGUUGUAUCUGAGGAUGACAUUAGGUCUAAUCCUGAUUAUAUGUGUUAUUAUUAUUCGAAUGUUAACUUAAAUCCUAGGUUGCCCCCACCCCUUUUGUCCAAGGAGGACUGGAGGUAUGCACAAAGGACUCAAGGUGGGAACUCGGUGUUGGGGGGAAUUGGGGAUAAGAGGAAAGUGAAUAAGACUGAGAAUGGACCUGGUAGGUCACCCUAUCUGAUGCCUCCUGGGUUUAGUUCCAAGAAAGAGGAAAGGGAGUUUGAGCCUGAGAAAGCGAAAGUUCAGGGUUCAGCUGAUUGGGGAAAGGAUGGACUCCCUGGCCUGCCAGGUAUUGGACUUGGGGCUAAACAAAAGAGUCUGGCAGAAAUUUUUCAGAAUGAUUUGGGACGUUCUAAUCCUCCCUCAAGGCACCCCUCUCGUCCUGCCAGCCGCAAUGCUUUUGAUGACAAUGUCGAUACAGUAGGGUCAGCUGAAGCUGAGCUGGCUCUUUUGCGUCGUGAAGGUUCGAAUGUUCAGGGAUCUUCUGUUUCCCAGAGUCUUGCUUCACCUGCUUCAUAUUCCUAUGUUGCUGCAUUGGGCACUCCCUUGUCUAGAAGCACUACACCUGAUCCUCAACAUAUAGCUCGGGCUCCUAGUCCUUGCCCAACCCCCAUUGGUGAGGGACGAGCAGGAGCAUCAAAAAAGACUGCUGCUGGUCCAAACUCUUUCAAUGGCAUGUCCUCAGGAAUGAACGACUCUUCUGAUCUUGUAGCUGCUUUGUCUGGCAUGAAUCUCAAGGCAAAUGGUAAUCUCGACAAUGGAAAUCAUUUGUCAUCUCAGAUGGAACAAGACAGUUCUGAUAACCAUAACUUCAUGUUUAAUAUGCCGAGCGGCCACGAGCAUGUUAAGCAACAUCCAUAUAUGAAGAAGUCUGAAUCUAGUCAUUUGCAUAUGCCUACUGCUACUCACUCAGGUGCUAGAGGUAAUAUGGGUGCCUCUGAUCUGAGGAGCCCCCAGAUUGACCGUCCAAAACCUGGUUUUAAUACUGGCAUUCCAUAUUCUAAGGGAUCAUCUCCAUCCUCUCUAAAUGGUGGCGGCUUUUCCCCUCAUUAUACUCAUAUGGAUGGCACGGGCUCGUCAUUUGCAAAUUAUGGACUGGGUGGGUUUUCCUUGAACUCACCUGUCAUGGGAAGCCAACUUGGAAACUACAACCUGCCUCCAUUACUGGAAAAUGUUGCUGCGGCUUCGGCUAUGGGAGUUCAUGGAAUGGAUUCAAGAGUUAUGGCUGGUGGUUUGCCUUCUGGGCAGAAUAUGACAGCUUCUCCUGAUUCUGGUCGGUUAGGGAAUCAAAUUUCGGGAAAUGCUCUGCAGGCUUCUCUUGCAGAUGCUAUGUAUCUUCAGUAUCUAAGAUCUGCUGAAUAUGCUGCGCAGGUUGCCGCUUUGAGUGAUCAGUCUCCUGAUAAGUAUUACAUGGAGUUACUUCAAAAGGCAUAUAUGGGAUCUGUGAUGUCACCUCAGAAGUCACAAUAUGGUGCUACUCUGGGAAACAAAACUGCUGGUUCAAAUCAUGGUUAUUAUGGAAAUCAUGCAUAUGGGGCCGGGAUGGGGUAUCCCGGCAGUCCAUUAACGAGUCCGGUUAUUCCAAACUCCCCUGGUGGUCCAGGUAGCCCUAUCAGGCACAAUGACUUUAACAUGCGUUAUCCUUCUACGAUGAGAAACAUAGGGGGUGGUGUCGUGGGACCUUGGCAUAUGGAUGGCACCUUUGGGUCCUCACUGUUGGAGGAGUUUAAAAGCAAUAAGACGAAGUGUUUUGAGCUUUCAGAAAUUGCUGGCCAUGUUGUUGAGUUCAGUGCCGAUCAGUAUGGAAGUCGUUUCAUCCAGCAAAAACUUGAAACUGCUUCAACAGAAGAAAAAAAUAUGGUGUUUGAAGAAAUUAUUCCUCAAGCUCUUUCGUUAAUGACUGACGUGUUCGGUAAUUAUGUGAUUCAGAAGUUCUUUGAGCAUGGAAUGGAUACUCAAAGAAGAGAACUUGCCAUCAAGCUUGAUGGUCAUGUGCUGACCCUUAGCUUACAAAUGUAUGGUUGCCGUGUUAUCCAGAAGGCCAUUGAAGUAGUUGAUCUGGAUCAGAAGAUCAAAAUGGUUCAAGAGCUUGAUGGUAAUAUAAUGCGAUGUGUGCGUGAUCAAAAUGGGAACCAUGUGAUCCAGAAAUGCAUUGAAUGUGUACCUGAAGACCAUAUUCAGUUUAUAGUUGAAUCAUUUUUUGAUCAAGUUGUUACUCUUUCAACUCAUCCGUAUGGGUGCCGUGUGAUUCAGAGAGUUUUGGAGCACUGCAAAGACCCACAUACGCAGAGUAAAGUUAUGGAUGAGAUUCUGGGAUCAGUUAGCAUGUUGGCCCAAGAUCAGUAUGGAAAUUACGUGGUUCAGCAUGUGCUGGAACAUGGGAAGCCGCAUGAACGGACAGCUAUAAUCAAGGAAUUAGCUGGGAACAUAGUUCAAAUGAGCCAGCAGAAGUUUGCUUCCAAUGUUGUCGAAAAAUGCCUGAGUUUUGGCAAUGCAGAAGAACGGGAAAUUCUAGUAAAUGAGAUGCUUGGCACUACUGAUGAAAAUGAGCCUCUUCAGGCGAUGAUGAAAGACCAAUUCGCAAACUAUGUUGUUCAGAAGGUGUUGGAAACGUGCAGUGAUCAAAAGAGGGAGCAUAUCCUAUCACGAAUAAAGGUUCAUUUGAAUGCAUUGAAGAAAUACACAUACGGCAAGCAUAUUGUUGCUCGCGUAGAAAAGCUUGUCGCUGCAGGAGAAAGGAGAAUGGCCGGGCAGUCUCCGCAGCCUGCAUAGGUGGGAUAGUGAACCAGAGAGUUUGUACAGCUGACUGAAGCUACUACGCUUCAUCUUUUUCCAGCCAUUUCUUUAUCUUUUUUCUGUUGCGUAAGAUUUAGAGUCAUUGCUCCGCCAGUCCUUACAGAGAACUUGGUUAGGGAGCCCAGGAAUAAAGGUUGUUGCUUUUGUACUUGGGGAAAUUGUACAUUUUGUAGUUUUAAGGCUAUACAUAGAAUCGAGCAAGCUGCGCUGCAGAUGUGAUAUAUGCUUUUGCUCCUGCAGAGAUAUAAAAAAAAAUAUAUAUAUAUGAGCAUAAAGGGGUGUAAAAAAAUCAUUUGAAUGGUGAAGGGUAGGUUUUUUUUUUCUAGUGAUCGUGACUGUACAAAUGUGGCCAUGUCGAGAGCUGUUUGGCGUCCUAGGAAGCUCAGAAUUUUUCCUUGUAUGGUAUCGAUGUUCUUUCUAUUUCCCAGAAGAAGAUUAAAAAAAGGAAAGUACAAUCUUGUUCA